UAAUUCUUAAUGAUGAAGAAAAGAUGUGGAAAUCCAAAUCUUUACCAGGUUUUUUUUUCUUCAGGAGAGACUACAGCAGAUGAUCCUCACAAUCGCGACCAUUGUCUGCGGUUUCUAUAUUCACCUCAGUCUGGAAUGUGAAGCGACCUUUUAUGAUAUUCCGGGAAGGCGGUAUCAUAUUUCUAAAGCCUACGACACAAUAUCUGCCGUGGAGUUGUCGUAUUGCCGACAGAGAUGUGCAGCUGACCACCAUUGCUGGGCUUUUAUGUACUAUAACAACACAGAGUUAUGCGCAUUAACCAACAUAUCUGUAAUAUUCGGAUACUUCUGUGACUACUGUUUCUCAGCGAGGAAAUCAGGUUGUGUUACUUCGGCGCCAACGACAUCCUCAACACCACAAACAACACCACAAACAACAGCAGCAGCAACACUGUGUACAUGUACUUGUGUGGAAACAAAUACCACUAUUCACGAUGCAGGUAAAGAACGAAUAUCAUCACUGAGAAUCAACAGAAGUGAGCUGUCCUCAACUAAAAGAAAACUGAUUUCUAAAGAUGACCAGAGACCAUCCGCCAAGGGAAUAGGCUACGUCGCCAUUUUCGUUCUUUGUUUUGCUUUUGGAACAAUAGUUCUCUUCGAUUGUAUGAAUUUUUAUCACCAUUGUAAAAAAAUGAUCGCUUGAUUUUAAAACUUGCGAAUAUGUGGGGCGUCUUGAAUUUUUUUAUUGCUCGAACCUAAUUAUUUUUACCGGCCAUGGUGACGUCUCUAAGUGGGUGAAAAAUUAUUGAGAGGGACUUUAAACUGUACACAAGCAAUCAAUCGUCGAGGAGGGCUAGCAUAUCGUUAUAAUAUUUCAAAUAAAACACGCCAUUGUGUUACAAUG